GAGAACUCGGCGGACGCGUUCGUAUGUCACAUAGCUUUCUGCGGCACAGUCAGCGUCCUUUACGACCCCCCGGCUCCUACCACCAUGGCUAACGAAACACUGGACGAGGUCAGACGCAGACGAGCUGCUGUAGAGGUCGUGGACGCAAAGAUAGCGGUGGACCUGGCCACCGCACAGUCCUACUCUGAGAAUGUCUUCCUCUUCGUGCCGAAUCUCAUUGGCUAUACACGUAUCAUAUUGGCAGCUGCUUCGCUGCAUUGGAUGAGCUACCAUCCCAAAUACUGCACACUUGCAUACGGUAUCUCGUGCUUGCUUGAUGCUGCCGAUGGACAUGCCGCAAGAGCGCUGGGCCAGUCGUCAAAGUUUGGAGCAGUGUUGGAUAUGGUAACUGACAGAUGUACGACUUCAUGUCUCCUCUGCUAUCUAUGUUCGGCGUAUCCGGAGUACGCGAUGGGAUUCCAGUUCCUUAUGACGUUGGACUUCAGCAGUCAUUACAUGCAUAUGUAUAGCUCGCUCAUUACUGGUUCGAGAAGUCACAAGGCGGUUACCAGUGAGGUCUCUCGUAUUUUACGAUUCUAUUAUGAUCCCAAAAUCCUCUUCGUCAUGUGCGCGGGGAAUGAGCUCUUCUUUGUCGCGUUAUACCUUAUGAAGUGGAUUGACACGCCUAUCGCGUCCUCUUCAAUACCGCAGGUGGCUGCAUUCGGGUCCCUCCUCGGCGAUCUCUCGUGGCCCGCACUCCUGGCUGUUACCUGCGCACCAAUUUGCUUGUUGAAGAACAUCGUCAAUGCCGUGCAGCUGUGGAAGGCUGCAAAGAUAUUGGUGGGUCUGGAUUUACUGGAGAGACAGAAGGAGAGGGAGGACAAGCGUCAAUGAGGGCUUUGAAUAAGUACUUGGUUACAUAUAUCUUGAACCUACGCCGGAUCGCGGACGCUCGCGUCUAGUAUUAUAUGACUGUAGACACUGUAUAAUGCGUUUAUUCCAUUUUCUUACUGACUCAUGCA